AUGGACAAAGGCAAAGGAAAGGAAUUUAUCAUUGAUUUGAACGAUGAAGACUUUGAUUACCAAUAUGAUAGCAUUGUUAAAACUGAGUCUGAUGAAGAGGCCAUUCUAGUUUCGGACAAGAUUUUUAAUGAUUUAACUGUUGAAGAUGUAUGGAAGAUGGAGUUUAGCUCAGUAGAGGAGGCAGAAGAAUUUUAUAAUUUAUUUGCUAAAGUUACCGGAUUCAGUGUUAGAAAGGAUGAUGUGAAACGAGAUAAAAAUCAAAAUAUAGUAUCUCGUAAGUGGGUUUGUUCGAAAGAAGGAUAUCGACAUAGAGUGUGUUUAGAGAAUGAAAAUCGAAAACGAGAACCUAAGGCAGUAACUCGAGUUGGUUGUGAGGCAACAUUUCGGAUUGGGUUUAAUAAACAAAUGAACAAGUGGGUUGUGAAAGAGUUUAUGGCUGAUCAUAAUCAUCCUUUGGUGGAACAAAAAAAUGUCCAAUUCCUUCGAUCCCAUAGGGUCAUUAAAAAUGCAGAUAAAGCUCAAUUGAAUGCAAUGCGAGGUGUUGGCAUGGGAACUAGCCAAAUUAUGGAUUACAUGGUGCAACAAUCAGGUGGAUAUAAAAUGUUGGCUUCACAAAAAAAGAUCUAUAUAACCAUGUUGAUGCUGAUCGUAGAGUUCAUCUAA